GCGGGGGGGACACGAGAGCGUGGAAGAGAGGGAUGCUGGGGCGGUUCAAGCGAGAUCGAGUUCACGCCAAGUGGAGUACGGCAGUUUGUGUCAGACCACGGAGCACGGAAGAUGCUCCCGGUUGUUUACGGAACGGGUGGACCACCCUCGUCGCGGCGACGACGCCGCGCCACGAUUUUUCUCGGUGUCGUGUCUUCUGCGCUUGGAAACACCAGGAACGUCGCGAGUUCUUCUUCGAUCAUCAGGCCGGCUUCCACUGCCACCAUCAUGACCACCGCUUUGGGCCUUUUAAUGAUCUUGCUGCCAGCAGCGUAUCCGGACAAGAUCUCCAUCGGUGCAAUCUUCGAGCAAGGCACCGACGAAGUUCAGUCAGCCUUUAAAUUUGCGAUGUUCAACCAUAACCAGAAUACCACGACUCGGAAGUUUGAGUUGCAAGCUUUCGUAGACGUAAUUAAUACCGCAGAUGCUUACAAACUGUCUCGUCUUAUCUGCAGUCAAUUUAGCAGAGGGGUGUUUUCCAUGCUGGGUGCCGUGAGUCCGGAUUCAUUCGACACCCUCCAUUCUUAUAGCAACACGUUUCAGAUGCCUUUCGUGACGCCCUGGUUUCCCGAGAAGGUUCUGACACCGUCCUCAGGUCUCUUGGAUUUCGCCAUAAGUAUGCGUCCGGAUUAUCAUCGCGCUAUCAUCGACACGGUGCGAUAUUACGGCUGGAAGAAAAUCAUCUACCUCUACGACUCCCACGAUGGACUGCUCAGGCUGCAGCAGAUCUACCAGGGCCUGAAACCAGGCAACGAAUCGUUUCAAGUAGAAACAGUGAAAAGAAUACAAAAUAUGUCCGAGGCGAUCGACUUUUUGCGCAGCUUGGAAGAAUUGAAUAGAUGGAGUAACAAGUACGUGAUACUCGAUUGUCCUACGGACAUGGCGAAAGAUAUUGUGGUGAGCCACGUGAGGGAUGUUGCACUUGGGAAAAGAACGUACCAUUAUUUAUUAAGUGGAUUGAUAAUGGACGACCGAUGGGAGAGCGAAGUGAUCGAGUACGGCGCCAUCAACAUUACCGGGUUUCGAAUCGUGGAUGCUACGCGACCCUACGUCAAAGAUUUCCUAGCUGGUUGGCAUCGUCUCGACCCAGCUACGUCUCAAGGAGCUGGCCGUGAAUCCAUUUCUGCGCAAGCUGCGCUGAUGUACGACGCCGUAUUCGUCCUCGUCGAGGCGUUCAACAAGUUUCUGAGAAAAAAGCCGGAUAGAAGCAACGUGAGGCGAACAGGGAUUCCUGGCGGCAGUCAGAUUACCAACGGCACCAGGGCACUGGAUUGCAAUAACAGUCGGGGCUGGGUGACGCCAUUUGAGUAUGGCGAUAAAAUUUCCAAGAAUCUGAGAAAAGUGGAAAUCGAGGGACUAACUGGGGAGAUCCGCUUCAACGAUGACGGUCGCAGGCACAAUUACACCCUCCACGUCGUCGAGAUGACGGUCAACAGCGCCAUGGUCAAAGUAGCUGAAUGGACAGACGAGGCUGGAUUCCAGGCCAUCGCCGCGAAAUACAUUCGACUUCGACCGCAUACCGAAAUUGAGAAGAAUAAGACCUACAUUGUCACUACUAUUGUGGAGGAACCGUACAUAAUGAAGAAGAAAUCAGACACUGGGGAGAUAUUGACUGGCAAUGAUAGUUACGAGGGCUACUGUAAGGAUCUAGCUGACCUUAUAGCUAAGAAAUUGGGAAUAUCGUAUGAGUUACGAAUAGUUAAAGACGGUAAAUACGGAAUGGAAAAUCCAGACGUUCCCGGUGGUUGGGACGGCAUGGUCGGCGAGCUGAUUCGGAAAGAAGCAGACAUUGCCAUUGCUCCAAUGACAAUCACUUCUGAACGUGAACGAGUGAUCGAUUUUAGCAAACCUUUCAUGUCACUGGGUAUUAGUAUCAUGAUCAAGAAGCCCAUCAAACAGAAACCUGGUGUGUUCAGCUUCUUGAAUCCACUGAGCAAAGAGAUCUGGGUCUGCGUUAUCUUCUCCUACAUCGGUGUAUCCAUCGUUCUUUUUACCGUGUCCAGAUUCUCCCCAUACGAAUGGAGAGUACUGACUCUAAGCACCGGUGGGGAUCCCACAAUGGGUACAAGGAACGAUCCCACGCUACAACACCCACACGGAUCGCAAGGAUCUCCUCACAUUCCAACCUCGAGCAUGGCGAACGAUUUCAGUAUCAUCAACAGCCUUUGGUUCGCUCUAGCCGCGUUCAUGCAGCAAGGCUGUGACAUAUCACCCAGGUCGAUAUCAGGACGAAUCGUCGGCAGCGUCUGGUGGUUCUUUACCCUGAUCCUAAUCUCCUCCUACACUGCCAACUUAGCCGCGUUUCUAACCGUCGAGAGGAUGGUCGCGCCGAUUAACUCGCCGGAAGACCUGGCCUCGCAAACGGAAGUGCAAUACGGCACACUAUCUCACGGAUCUACUUGGGACUUUUUUCGCAAAUCGCAGAUUAAUCUCUACAGCAAAAUGUGGGAGUUCAUGAACUCACGGAAACACGUGUUUGUAAAAACGUACGACGAGGGAAUACGAAGAGUGAGGACCAGCAAAGGAAAAUACGCUCUCCUGAUCGAAAGUCCGAAGAACGAGUACAUAAACGAGAGGGAACCCUGCGAUACAAUGAAGGUCGGCAGAAAUCUGGAUGCCAAAGGCUUUGGAGUAGCAACGCCAUUGGGAUCUCCUCUCAAAGAUCCCAUAAAUUUGGCGGUGCUAUCGUUGAAAGAAAACGGAGAAUUGACGAAACUGGUGAAUCGAUGGUGGUACGACAGAACAGAAUGCAGGCACGGGGACAAGCAAGAUGCUUCUAGAAACGAAUUAUCUCUCAGCAACGUGGCGGGAAUAUUUUACAUCCUGAUCGGUGGUCUGCUUUUAGCCCUGGCCGUCGCGCUGCUAGAAUUCUGUUACAAAUCACAUACGGAAGCUACCAGAGCAAAGAUCCCAUUGUCGGACGCGAUGAAGGCGAAAGCUCGAUUGACGAUCGGUGGUGGUCGAGAUUUCGACAAUGGCCGGUGGUACGGACUGCAGAGUUAGACGGAGGAUGCAUGCGCCUUUCCCGGGACCAUAUUACUACGCUCCGGCAAACGCGAUUGGCAAUACCGAGGGCGACCAGGUACACAGCAAUACGCAUACCCAGGUGUAAAUUACCCGGAGGAGAGCCCAGGCGAGUCGCCCGCCAUCUCCCUGCCCACGCCUCCACCGCCGCC